CAGCAUCUGACCGCCGUACCAGCCGCCGCAGCCGUAGCUGCCACCGCCGUAGCUCGUCGCGGAUGCUCGUGUUCCUGCGAUAACGAUACUUUGCUCUUUCCACCGAUCUCGCACCGCGAACACCUCGAGGAACGACCGAGGGGAAAGCUGAGUCGUGCGGUGUGUGUGAAACUUAUGACGAAACGGUAUCGCACGUGUGGAACGCGGAACCACGGGAGAUAUUCGCCAGCUUCAAACGUGACACAGUGAUAUCGUGACGGUUUGCAAUGGAAUCGAAAGGAUUUUGAGAGAGAUUUACGAUCGAACAUGCUCGCGUACGUUCUGCUGGAGAGCAUCGAAACUGUUCGCGAGUUCACUGAUGGGUGACGCUGUGUUUGACACGUUGAUGACAGGUCAGAGGGACAGUAGGAUUUUUGAAUAUUCGCGGGCUGCAAGGUGCACGAUUCUACGCGGUGAAAAACGCGUGGACCAAUCGUCUGUAAAACAGCUGACAGUUGGCGCUGGUGGCAAUUAGAGAAAUCGACGCGAGGUGUUUGGCAGUCUGAUUCGAUGACAGGUGAAUUGCACGGGAAGCGGAGGCAGGAACUAUGCGAUAAUAACGACCAUACGUGUUUGUCACGCUGUUCCGUUUAAUAACUAUAUCUAUCGGGAAGUGUUCGUGUAAUGGACGCGACUGAUAAAUUCAUGUAACGAGUGACUGCAGAGCCGGUGACCGUGCGAGACUGGGAUACGUUCGGAACGUGUCGGAGGAACAUAUCUGUGCUUGUCAGUGUAGUGUUUCUUCAGGAAUAUACUGUGAUAUCGAAGGAUAAUAAACAUCCACAGGAUAUUUUGUAUUUGUAAAGACGUUUCUCCUUUGUGACAUUAAUAAUAUAAAUGUCGAAGAAGCAAAGAUACAUCGUAUGAACCUACUCUGUCUGGAGUGAAGCUAUUGGUGUUGCAAGUGUAACGCGAUAUUAGUGAUAAACAAGAUCGACGCAUCUGAUCAACGAUAAAAUAGGACGUCUAAUAGUACAAGAGGGGGAAGAAUAGCGAAACUUGUCCGAUAAAGAGAGCCAGCAGGUGACCACGUUGGAUCUCGCGGCGUUGGCUGCUUACGGGGGCGUUUCGGGACCCAGGGUCGCGGUGGCGGGCACCGGGGUCCUCGCGCUACCCGGCCUGAUACCCGAUAAGGGUUUAUCAUCGCCCGGAGGACAGUCGAAAACAAAGUCCGCAGGGCUGGCGGGUCUCGACAGCGAGGCGGUGCGCCGGUGGGUCGCCGAGGCCGCGCGGACCGUCCGGCAAAUUCCGCCUCCGGUUGUCGUACCAUCUAGUUCGCAACAACAACAGCAGCAGCAGCAACAACAACACCAACAACAGCAGUCGGUUCAACAUCAGCAGCACAGACAGCAACAUCAUCAUUCCAUCCAUCGACAGCGUCAAGAGCCGAGCCCGCCCUCGGUGGCCGCUUCCUCUUUCGUUUUGCCGUCGUCGAUGACGCAGACCCCCAGCAUGCAUCUGCUGGAGAACAAUAACCUGGUGGAGGUUGCGAUGGUUCAACAGCAACAACAGUCUCAACAGCAGAUGCAGAUGCAGCCACAGAAGCAAAAGCAGACCAGCCCGACGAACAACAACACCAUCGAGGCUUGGAGAUCCAUUCAAGGUGGUCACCAGUGGUGGAGUCCGCCAAGUACCGUUCAUCAAGAGCAACAGCAGCAACAGCAAGUGUCGCCUCUCGGUCAGCAAGUCCCUCAGUCGCAGAGUCUGGUUGCUGGCACGGUAUGCGGUCAAGUACAAAGACAGUCGCAGAUUCAAUCGGAAAUCGAUCAGCCUUUGGACUUUUCGGUGGGUUCCCUUCAACAACAGAGGCUACAUUCUCGCGUAAGGACUAUACACGAGAGACUGCAGAGUAGGAUGCACGACAAUAAUAACGGUACAGCCGGUAGCGGACAGAAGAUCGUCAGAGGGACUGGCAGCAGGAGAAGUUUCAGUCCCAGUGAUGGUAGCAGCAGCAGCAGCGAGGACGAAGGGGUCUCCACCGGCGGGAGUCCUUCUGGCCCCCUUCGAGGCACCGAAAACGACUCGUGCGAGCAGCCGGUUGCGGAUCGGCCUUACGGUAAAGUUUGGAUAGGCGAUAACGAGGUCGCGUGGCGGACCGAACAGUCUUUCAAGAGGACCUCACCCUUAAAUCCUUGUACCACCACGACUACUACGACAACGACAGGUGGCGGAGCACCGGCACACCCCCACCUGUCACCACCUAUUGCCGCCCCCGUAACCACUCCCGAUCACAGAAGUCCCAGCAGUCUGCACGUGAAACUCGGUAUUUCUCCUGCCAGCGAUGCGCUCGGCCGAAUCGAUAAGGAGCCAGCCUCACCGGAAUCCAUACAAGAUGCAGACCUUCAUGGCGAGGUGGAUGGACCCGAUCUCAGCGGUGACGAUAGGAGUAUCACCAGUGAUAUUCAAGAUGCCACUGAGGCGAAUCUCGAUCACGAUUCCAUGGACUCGGAUAGGGAAGCUCUCAAUCUGGUCACAGACGUGUCGCACCGCAACAGCAGUAGCGGAACCAGCGGCAGCGCCUCCUCGCCUAGUUCCGGGGUGAGCAGCCAAAUAACCGGAAGUCAUCAACAACAACAACACACGGCAGGCCAGCAGAAUAGCAGCAACUCGCAAGCUGCCCUGGCUGCUCAACUAGUCAGCCAGCAAUUGCUGAUGCACGGACCUCUUGGUGCUCUCGGACCACAGGAGAUUCAGGCAUUGGCUUCGACGUUUCAGCAACAACAACAUUCGCUGCAGCAACAGUUGCAGCAGUUGGCAAUGUUUCAGCAAGCCAAUUCUGCUGCAGCGGGCCAGCUUCCGGCUCAGGCGCAGUUCUUCUUACAAAACCAGGUGCAGCAGGCAGUAGCGCAGGCAGCCCAGCAACUGCAAGCUCUACAGAAGCAGCAAGCUCUUCAGGGUAGCGGAGGCCUAGUUGGUCGAAGUUUAGGGCAACAAAGGUCACCACCGCCACCUGGUACGCCUCCAGCGGUGAAACCACCGCCUCCGAGGCUUGAACCAUCGCCGGAGGAGACUACGGACCUCGAGGAACUGGAACAGUUCGCCAAAACCUUUAAACAGAGAAGAAUCAAACUCGGCUUCACCCAAGGCGACGUUGGUCUAGCUAUGGGCAAACUUUAUGGCAACGAUUUUUCUCAGACGACGAUCUCCAGGUUCGAAGCAUUAAAUCUUUCUUUCAAGAACAUGUGCAAACUGAAACCCCUCUUACAAAAGUGGUUGGAAGACGCGGAUAAUUCGUUGAACAACCCAAAUUCUCUUUCGAAUCCACUUACUACACCGGAAGCUAUCGGCAGGCGGCGGAAGAAGAGGACGUCGAUAGAAACCAGCGUGAGAGUUGCUCUGGAGAAAGCGUUCGUACAAAACCCGAAACCUACUUCUGAAGAAAUUACCGUAUUAGCAGACACUUUAGCCAUGGAAAAGGAAGUUGUUCGGGUGUGGUUUUGCAAUAGACGACAAAAAGAGAAAAGAAUCAAUCCGCCAACAGCAGCAAUGGGCAGUCCAACAAUGGCGUCCCCAGCACCAUCAGUCUUCGCAUCACUCGCAAGUUCCAUGUCCGGUAGUCCUCUAGCUCUCACGACGCACUCUUCAGGCAUGGGACACUCUCAUCCUCACCCCACACCCCUCGGUUCACCAUUACCCUUGGCUCUGGUGGCUUCAGCAGGUGGAAACUACCACCCACUAAGUGGCAAGUCCCACGAGUGACACCAGCAGCCCACCCAUCAAGGGGACGCGCUUUUUCACCAACACCAUCAACAGCCAUCACAUCAACAACAACAACAACAACGACGUUUGUGCAAUCUACCUGAAUUCUAUCACUAAUCCGUCAGCUAGUCCAUCGUUGGCGAUGAUUCAGUGACUAUCUAGCGAACGCCCGUCGGCGGAUUUCGUUACCAAAGGGAAUUUGACGCGAUGGAACCGACAGGAUCGAGCAAUAUACGGUCAUGGGAAUGGAGCAGAGAUUUUGGACUGUUAGCUGACUUCACGAUACAAUUCGAAACAUAUCUUGGUGUCGAGAGAUUCCAUUUGGAAGAGAUUAUGUCAGGAGUGGAUGCAAUCUUUAAUUAUGGAUUGUUAUGAUCAAUCAAUUCUGAAGGGAAGAGGAUGAUCGGAGGAGGAAUUAUCAAGGUAUAUCUAUCUUAUAAAGAGUAUACGAGUAACGGAGAGGCAUUAUGGAAAGGCAUCAAACAUGGAACGCCACAAAGAGACUCUUAGGUAAAAACUUAAACUUCAAGAAAUGCAGUGUAUCGUCCAAAGACAUCGAUUUAUCGAACAUCGUGUUUCGUUGAACGUUUCGUGUUUUUCUCACAGUAUUAUGUUUAUUGACUGGAUUAUUCGGUUGGAAGCGUUGAUUGUAGUGAUGACGAUAUCGCGCGGAACGAAGUCUUCAAAGCUUAUGUGAUUAUUAUACAUUGUAUAUAAAAAUACUGCAAUUUUUCCAACUUGAAAUAUGCAUUUGUUUCAUUUGAAGAAAUUGAAGAAACGAUGAUACAAAUUACAGACUAAAUUUGAAUUCAAUCAGAAUUCAAAAUAGCUUUGAGGUCUUCAUUCCCGCAUAGCAAAUAGUGCAGGAUCGUUGCCGCCAUUCGACAUUUAUUUGCAAGAUGUAAUUAACGACGCGAAUAUAACCGGCCGCGAACCGUCAUAAAACAGUACCUUAAUCGGUUUCUGCAGUUUCUCAUUUGAAUUAUCAUGAAAUAUUUAUCAUGGGGGGAAUCGUUCGACGAUACCUGUAAUUAUCGACUGGUUUUCCUCUGCGUCCUUCGAGUUUCCUUUUGCCCAUCGGGCGAUUCAAAGUCGCUUCGAUCACGCACUACAUUUCGUGCGUGCUGUUUCACGAUCUCGAAGAAUCCGAGAAUUGAACUUUUCGAAAUCGUGAAGCCACCGGAGAAAGACAAAAGAAUAGUCUUUAAAUUUUUCACGAGCAUUCGUCCAACGAAUCACGACGGAACACAUGAUCGAGAUUACAACAAACAACGAGAGAACACAUGUAUCGGAUGUGUUAAAUCUUCCUGCCGUUUUGCUGAAUUCGUGGUGUCGCGAUCGACGGUUCCUUCGAAGGGGGCAAACACUUUUUACAAGUACUCGCCUCUUCGUGGUAAGCAGGGUUUACGUGCCACUUACAAGGGAGUCUCCAAUUCCUCGAGAGAGAAAGUUCGUCUAUUACUAAAGAAAAGAAGCACCAAGUUCGUGGAAACUGAUAUGUUCACUGCCACUCAGAAAUAAUAAAAAAUGGUAGAUUCUAAUUUCUUCUAAUGAAAAUCAAUGAUUAAUCGACAGUUUUGGAUUUCAUGAAAACAACCACUCGCUUAAUUUCAUCAAGUAAAAAAAAUAUUAUACAAUUCAGACGAGCUUUUGAUCUUCAAGUUUCAAGUUCCCUUUGAGGUGGUGAACAUGCGGCGAGGCCCGACAAUACGAUUGUACAUAAUUACGCAUACGUGUGCGCGUCUGUCUUCAUACAUAUCUGUGUCAUAAAUUUGUAUAUGUAGGCAAAAAGAAAAAAAGAGGAGGUAAGAUACAAAGAAACGUGUGGGCCUAAUAAUACCGCGAAAACAAAGACUCGAGGAGAAUAUGGCUCGUACAUCGUCAUCGACAGAGUCCUCACUCGCGUCUUGGUCGAUUGAUUCUCAACGAAUUGUAAUUACUCAAGCCAAAGUAUCUUCUAAUUAAAGUAAAAGAAGGUAACGAAAGUUACAUUUCCGAGAGGGUGAACAUGGAUGGCAUGCUCAUAUUCUCUGUUUUUUAGACAGACACGAGGUUUAGCAGUUGUAGAUACGUCUGUACCUGUACAUACAGCAUAUAUAGACAGGCUACCUGGGAAUUAUUCCACAUAUGUAGCUCGUAUACGUUUGCGCGAGUCGAUUGAACACGCUCGUGGUCCGAGAGUUCGCGUUGACGCCAUUUUUUGAAAUCGAGAAAUCGGUUACGAGGCUGAUGGCAUUUAUUAGAAGCGCGAAUUCUGAUCUUGGAGCACACAGAUCGAUUCUUCCAGGUGGUAAACACCCGGUGACUAGUUAAAGGCUAUGAUCUUGUACAACCAAGGUGACGGAAACAGUGUUUGAAGAGAUUUACAUACAUGUAGAAGUUUGUGCUAGGAAUUGUCCAUAUACAUAUACAUAUUAUAUAUUACGUUAGUUAUGUGUAUAUGUAUGUAUGAAGCACAUAUGUAUGCAACGAGAAAGACAUUGCGCAGUAGUCGAGCAUCGGGAAUAUAUACAUAUGCAUGUAUAAAUAUACAUACUAUACAUAAAUGUAUAAAGUAAACGUAUUGUAAAUAAUAGGGAGAUAUGGCAGCGAACGGUGAUUAGCGAAUCCGCGGCGAAUUUAUUCACCGUGACGAUCGUUUCUUAUUAUUGCGACGCUUAUUAUUAAGUAAUCCUUAAUUAUAGGGUAUCAUUGGGCAACGCUGGUCGUCAUAGCAAUCGUAAGUUCGAGUAAUCAUGGAAACGUCGUACCUUCACUCUAACAUCGUAGAAUUGAUUCGUUCGUAGCCUACUUUUCCAUGUGGCAAUUAAUUUCGAUCUAUAUCGAUCGAUGGUGAAAGAAUUAUUUCAAAGAUGCUCUAUGAUAAGGAAUUGAAAACUCAUCGCUACACUUAAGUGCUGAUAAAUGGCGAUAACCGUAACACUUAUGCGACAUUACUUAUUAAAUACGAUAUUCUUGAUAUUGUGGUUUGUUUCUGGUGAACUCGAUUUCUCAAUCCCUCGUUCUUACGAUCGCCAACAUCAGCAAAUUAAAUCCGUGUAUGUACAUUUGUUGCAAGAGCUUUUCUUGUAACGAAGCACGAGCGUGCGUUAACCGAAGGUGUAUAUGCGUACUACUAUCAUAAUGUAUGUAUAUAUAUAUUUGAUAUUAUAUUAUAUGUAAUUUUCUACGGAAGCUAUGUGAACGCAACGCGAUAUAUCACAAUAUAUUUUCGAUAUUCUGAUAUAUCGUGUACGCGUAAUUAUAUAUAAUAUAAUAUAACAUGUGUAUGUAUGUAUGUAUGUAAACGAGUACGAGACGAGAUCUCAUAUCGAUCACGCGCGUCUUUUCGUUCUUAAAUCACUCGAACACACACACACACACACACACACGAGAUCAUUUCCCAUCUUUUUUCACAUAACUACCCUUCAUAAUUCCACACAACAUCGGGUUUUCAUCUCUUGAAUCGAUCUUCUACUUCGUUUUACUUCGAAUCAUUCACUACCAGAGUCGUGGACCAAACUGUAGCGAAACAAAAAUGUGAAUGAGAGUGAUAAAGAAUGAAAGAAAAUAUAGCGAAGAGAAAUACAAAAAAAAAAAAGAGUUCCUAGAGCACCAGUUUUGAGUGCAUUACGUAGACGUUUUAUAAAUUAAAUACGGUGAACGGAUGUGUAAACGAUAGAAACGGGAGACAAAUUGAUACAUAACGAGCAGCCCAUUGCAGCCGAAGAACGAAAAAAAUGAGUGUGAAUGACAGAGUGUGAGUUAGGGACACGUUUGCGUUUUCCUUAUCUUUUUUCUUUUUUCUUCCUUUUCUCCUUGUUCGUCGGAGGUGUACAGCGUUUUUUCUUGUAGAUAGAAUAGAGAUAAUUAGAGUCGAACCCACGAUUGCCGCACCCUCUGAUCGACGUGUCACUGGUUCACUUUUUUUUUUUUCGUGGGCUUCGAUGAGCCGGCGCAUUCCACUGAGCGAUGAACGCAUUAUUACAAUGGUUAUCAUCAUUAUUAUUAAUUAUUAUUAUUAAUUAUUAUUAUUAUUAUUUCAUUAUAUUUUAACUUUUAUUAUUUGAAAAUAAAAGUGCUAGACAGACUUUAGUUA